UCUGGAUUGAUUUCAAAACGCUCCUUCUUCUCUGAUCUCCUCCUCUCCUCGCAUCGUCGUCUGUGUCUCUAGAGAACUCGUGAAACGAUGGAGCAACAACAACCGGAGAGGCGAGAAGGCCGAAGCUUCCCCGAGCGCAAGGGACAGAAGAGAAAGCUAGAGGAAGGAGCAGCCGCCGCCGCAGAGGAUCGAGAGAUCUCCGCCUCAACCACCACCGACGGCGGCGGCGAUGCGAUUCUCAACGAAAUCGCUGCUCAAGUCUCCGUUCUAAACUCCGCCUUCUCAUGGCAAGAGUCCGAUCGCGCUGCGGCGAAACGCGCCACUCAAGUCCUCGCCGAGCUCGCUAAAAACGAGGAUUUAGUGAACGUGAUUGUUGAUGGAGGAGCUGUUCCAGCUCUUAUGACGCAUCUACAAGCGCCGCCGUAUAGCGAAGGAGACUUGGCUCAGAAGCCGUUUGAACAUGAGGUUGAGAAGGGGAGCGCCUUUGCUCUUGGUCUACUUGCAAUUAAGCCAGAGUAUCAGAAGCUGAUAGUGGACAAAGGUGCUUUACCUCAUCUCGUGAAUCUGUUGAAGAGAAGCAAAGAUGGUUCUACUUCCCGAGCUGUUAAUAGUGUUAUCAGAAGAGCGGCUGAUGCCAUCACCAAUCUUGCUCACGAGAACAGCAGCAUCAAGACUCGUGUUAGGCUCGAAGGCGGUAUUCCACCUCUCGUUGAUUUGCUUGAGUUUUCUGAUUCAAAGGUUCAGCGAGCAGCAGCAGGGGCGUUGAGAACACUUGCGUUUAAAAACGAUGAUAACAAGAACCAGAUUGUCGAGUGCAGUGCUCUUCCCAAGCUCAUUCUAAUGUUAGGAUCAGAGGAUGCUGCUAUACAUUAUGAAGCGGUUGGAGUUAUCGGCAAUCUAGUACAUUCUUCUCCAAACAUUAAAAAAGAGGUUCUUUCUGCUGGGGCGUUGCAACCUGUCAUUGGUCUUCUCAGUUCAUGUUGCCCUGAGAGUCAAAGAGAGGCGGCUUUAUUACUUGGACAGUUUGCGUCGACUGAUUCCGAUUGUAAGGUGCACAUUGUGCAAAGGGGUGCUGUCCGUCCUUUGAUUGAGAUGCUUCAGUCACCUGACGUGCAGUUGAAAGAAAUGUCGGCCUUUGCACUGGGUAGAUUGGCGCAGUUGAGGCAUUCUUUUUUUGGCGUUGUAAACUUGCAACUUCGCUCUUUAGACUUACAACAUGUCUUUUAAUUUCUAGCGUAUGGCCUUGCCGAUAAUGAGGAUAAUGUAUCAGAUUUUAUCAGGGUGGGAGGUAUCCAGAAGCUACAGGAUGGAGAGUUUAUAGUUCAGGCAACUAAAGAUUGUGUCUCCAAAACACUGAAGAGAUUGGAGGAGAAGAUUCAUGGAAGAGUUCUUAGACAUCUGUUGUACCUAAUGCGCAUUUCUGAAAAGUCUAUCCAAAGACGGGUUGCUCUUGCUCUUGCUCAUCUCUGUUCACCAGAAGAUCAGAGAACCAUAUUCAUAGAUGAAAAUGGGUUAGAGUUGCUACUUGGUCUUCUUGGUUCUACGAACACUAAACAGCAACUUGAUGGCGCUGCAGCAUUGUACAAAUUAGCAAAUAAAUCUAUGGCACUUUCUCCAGUUGAUGCUGCUCCCCCUUCUCCAACACAAAGGGUUUAUCUCGGAGAGCAGUAUGUAAAUAGUGCCACGCUGUCUGAUGUAACUUUUCUAGUCGAAGGAAGGAGAUUCUAUGCACACAGAAUAUGUCUCCUGGCAUCUUCAGAUGCAUUUCGCGCAAUGUUUGAUGGUGGUUACAGAGAAAAGGACGCUAGAGAUAUUGAGAUUCCUAAUAUCAAGUGGGAGGUUUUUGAGUUAAUGAUGAGGUUUAUAUACACUGGAUCCGUCGACAUAACAAUUGAGAUAUCACAAGAUCUUCUAAGAGCAGCGGAUCAGUAUCUAUUGGAGGGGCUAAAGCGGCUCUGUGAAUACACAAUUGCUCAGGAUAUAACGUUGGAAAACAUAGGAGGCAUGUACGAUCUCUCAGAAGCAUUCCAUGCAAUGUCGCUGAGGCAAGCUUGUAUCCUGUUCAUCCUGGAGCAUUUCGAUAAACUGAGCACAAUGCAUGGGCAAAACCAGCUGGUACAGCGAACAAUACCAGAGAUAAGAGAGUACUUUUGUAGAGCUCUAACAAAGUCUACGACAAACCUGCAAGGCCUGAGGCUGUAAGAAGAAGAAGACUGGUACCUAACUAGAGAGGUAAGUAGACAAGGAAUAUCAUAUAGAGAGAGAAAGCUCGCUAUUAGUAAGAGGUCUUUUAUGGUCUUGUCCUAUCCUGAGUCGUUUUAGUAAAAUUUGCUGUGCGUUUGGUUCAUUGUAUUUUGUAUCAAAUUCUCUUCUGAUCACAAUCGCGUCUUAAAAAGAGAUCGCCACUUUGUAUCCAGAACACCAAUAUGGUGAAACUUUCACUAUUCAAUUCAAGAUCCACGGUCCAACGA